UUUCUAUUCUAGCAUAUAAUCUGUCAUGGGAAGGCAUUAUUUCUGCUGUGAUCUCUAGAGACAUGGCUGUUCCCUGGAAAUUUUUUAUCUAUUUCUGUUGUUACACCAGGCUGCUUUCUUCUAGCAUCUUAUGUUCUCCCAGCUCCAAGGAUGAUGUGGUACCUGAUGAGACUCUUGAGUUGCUGCUAGUUCCUGAUAAUAAGCUGCCUGAGUUACCUCCAUUGUUGCUGCUGCCACCAGGUAUGAGACAUGGCUAUACCCUCCUGCCUCCCCUUCUCAAGGUGCUGUCUGAUCAGAGACACCAGCACUGGGAAAGUGAGGUCCCAAGGCUCCAACCAGACUCCAGAGCCCUUAGGUACAUGAAGAGACUGUACAAGAUGUCUGCCACCAAAGAAGGGAUCCCAAAAGUCAAGAGAAGUCACCUUUAUAACACUGUCCGUCUCUUCACUCCACAUGCUGAGUGCAAAUACCAUCAUAGGAAUGAAAUGAAAGGAGACCUUCACUCAGUGGAUCUGCUUUUCAACCUGGAUCGUGUUACUGCUCUAGAGCACUUACUCAAGUCAGUUUUGCUCUACUCCUUUGACAGAUCGGUUUCCUCCUCUUUUCCAAUUACAUGCAUGUGCCACCUGGUUGUUAAGGAGAAUGAUCCUUCUAGCCAAGUGUGUCCCAGUGUUCCACAGUCGAUAACUUUUAAUCUGCGAUUUGAACUUACAAGGCGCAAGUGGGUUGAAAUUGAUGUGACCUCCUUUCUUCAGCCACUGAUUACCACUAACAAAAGAAAUGUUCAUAUGGCUGUAAAUUUCACUUGUCUGAAAGAUGAUCAACACCAGAACUUUAAACAGGAAGGUUCCUUUAAUACAGCAUUGGUUCUCCCUUCUCUUAUUUUAUAUCUAAAUGAUACCAGCAAACAAGCUUAUCAUCGGUGGAAUGUGCUUAGAUUUCAGAAGAGAAACCCAGUGUGGUCCAGACCGAGAAACAGUCCACUGGCUGAUCCUGCAGAAGAUGCAGGCAGAGACGAUACAGAAGGUAAAAGAGCAUCCCGCCACCGAAGAGAUGAUGUAAAAGAGAGCCUGGCCUAUAAUAUGAGUGAAUACUUCAAACAGUUCCUUUUCCCUCAAAAUGAAUGUGAGCUUCACAACUUCCGUCUAAGCUUUAGCCAACUAAAGUGGGACAAAUGGAUAAUUGCACCACAUCGAUACAGCCCUCAGUACUGCAAAGGUGACUGUCCAAGGGUGGUUGGACAUCGUUAUGGAUCUCCAGUCCAUACAAUGGUACAGAACAUCAUAUAUGAGAAACUGGACUCAUCUGUUCCAAAACCCUCUUGCAUCCCUGCAGAAUAUAGUCCACUGAGUGUCUUGACAAUAGAGCCUGAUGGUUCUAUAGCCUACAAAGAAUAUGAAGACAUGAUAGCUACUAAAUGUACUUGCCGGUAAUGGGUAAAUCCCACAGUACUGUGGCACACUUUCAGGGAUAUUUUUUGUAGUACUAAAAGCAAUUUAUAGA